CACACAGAUACCCCUAAUGCAUCAUUAUCUCGAUCACAAAAUUACUGAAAUUCUUUCUCCGUUAGCGGUGUGUAAAUAUUCAUACAAUCGGUACUUACGUUAUUAUGACUUUAUUGUGAUGAUGAUCGAUAUGAAUAUUUCAUCAAAUUAAUGGUAAUGUUCUCCUUGCUGCAACCUGUUCCCGUGUCAUUGUUGACGUGAAACUAUAGAUAUGGGACACAGGACUACAGUCUUAAUGUUUUGGCUUUUUGCAUUGUUGAGAAUAAUUCAGAAUGCUUCCAAUAAAUUCAAUUUCAAGACAAAUGAAAAACUCCAAUGGUUGAACCAUUCAUCGUCCCUUCGCAAUGUGCUCUUUGAUCAGAAUUCUGGAUAUCAAGUAGCAGACGAUCCUAUCACACGUGCUGGUUUUCGGUUCGAAAUAUCGAGAGUAGAGAGAUUUGAGGAAGUUGCGGGAGAGUUAAAACUUCUGUCAUCUGUUUUCAUGUUUUGGGCUGACAUUCGUCUGAUUUGGGAUCCUCGCAGCGUCUAUGUUUUCCAAGAAAAGGCUGGAUAUAACUUUGCAAUCUCCUACUUACAGAUGAAAAUGAAGGAUAUAUGGAAACCAGAUAUAAAACUGCUCAAUCCUCUAAAUGAAAUGAACAUAUUCAAGGAAAUGGGAGACGAAAAUGCUGUCCUCGAUUACCGUGGUUUAGUGUACUAUGACGGCUUAUUGAAAACAAACACAUUUUGUGAACCGAAUCUCAAAGCUUUUCCAUUCGACGAACAUGAAUGCUCUGUUCAAUUUGUAGCCACUUCCACGAUGAUUGCGAACAUACCAAACACAACAAAGGUCUUGUAUGAUAAUGCAAAAUGGAUAUAUUAUCAAAUGACGCCAUGUGACCUUGAUCUUGUGCCAAUUCUAAGAGUCUACAAAGCACAAGAGAUCAACGAGCGUCGAGUUCUUGUUUUUCCUAUUAAGUUAAUUCGAAAAUCCUCGUAUCUUUUUGUGAAUAUUGCGGUUCCACUUCUUGUUCUCAGUAUUUUAAAUACUGUUGUCUAUUUUAUCCCUGCCGUACCAGAAGAAAGGUUAUCUUUUUGUAUUGCCCUUCUGCUAUCCUUUACCGUGUAUCUCAUCUACGUUGCGGGUCUGAUUCCAGAAACUUCUAACCCAAUCCCUCUUAUAAUCUAUUUUCUCAUCUUUCAGUUCUUGUUAAGCGCGUUUAUCACAUGUUCCAGUUUUUUGACAGCUACGCUUGGACAGCGACAAGAAGAACGACCAAUUCCGAACGUCGUCACACGACUUUUGAAAAUAUGUCGCCGAAGAAAGCCCUCGAUCGAAGAUGACGUCACUGAUGACGAGAGCUUAGAGAGUAGUGACAUAACCUCCAGAAAAGUCACAUGGAAAAGCGUUACCCUGUUAGUGGACAGGGUGUUUUUAUCCGUAACUGUGGUUUUUCUUUUGAUAGAAGUUAUUCUGUUUGUUUACCUUGCCUCUCGAUUAUCUGCCAAUGUGGAACUCAAUCUCACGUCAGAUAUCUGCCGUGCAAAUCCAUUGAAUUUAACUGAAAUAUGUUUGGACGAUGUAUCUGGGUUUUGUAUUUCACUGAGCAUCUUGUCAUAGAUUCGUACU